CAACUGCCCCAUGCGGGAGGAUUACACACGCCUUUUGUGUUGAUUGAAAGAGCAACACUUUUGCAAUCGUACGCGUUUCCAGCUUUCUUCCUCUUCUUGUCUGUUGUUCCCAUCAUUGUCAAUAAUGGAAACAGCAUAUACGCAACCAUGGCCAGGAGGAUUAUCUGGGAUAGAGAUUGCAAUCUGUGCAUUGAUUCACUUCUAUGUUCAGCAUGAACCUCUCAAUGAAACCGGACCUCUGCUGACAAGACUGUUAUCGUUCACAAUCCGUUUGAUAUUUCGUGUCGAUCCAUAUGCAAAUGAUCUUACCACCUUCAAUAAUCAGCUACGUGCAUAUUUGAAGGGGAAUACAGACAAAUUCGACGAUGAAAGCUCUUCAAGAUCAAUAGAUGCAAUCAUUCAAUCAAUCACAGAUUGCAUAGAUGAAGCAACAACCUUUUCAGGCUUGCAUACAUUCUUCUCACGUAUCGAACGUUUAUUGAUGCGUGAAGAAAUGUAUGACGAAUUGCAGAACAUGACCAUUCGUCCGGCAGAACGUCAAAUUGAUGAAUCUUCACCUUUCGGAUACUUUAUUCAUCGAUGUUUGGAAACGUAUUUGAGUUUGGAAGAUGACGAAUUUGGCAAGAUUGUCGAAAAGAUUGAAGCUUGGGUGGUAAAUGAUCAAGUUGAUGCUCAAUUCACAGUGUCGCUAAAUCUAUCUUCAGAAGAGGAAGUAGCGCUUGCGAUGCGAAAAGGGGAUUACGCUACUGCCAGAGCUCUUUUAGAGGGAUCCUUUGAUCGGCCACCAGCUGCGAUGCUAGGAAGAAGUUUGCCAGAGACACUUUUGUAUAAUGCUGUCUUUCAUGUCAAGACGAAAGCCUACGAUACAGCUAGAGAUUCUCUACGUGAGGCUUUAAGGUUAGCAAGAGGGGUCAACGAUACCCGGGCAAUUGCAUCUUGUGAUGACCUUUUACGACAAAUCGAAUUCGAAGAACGAAAGGCACGACCUCGGCCAAAGCUACGCACGAUGGAUUCUGAUAUGAACAUUGAAGGCGAGAGUAAAACGAUCAAACACAAAAGAGACGCAUAUCAACAAAUUGAAGAUGCGAAUCCUCUACUUGGCGUCUUGCAAGGGAUAGAAGAUUUGCAAAAGCAAGCCCGGAAGAGAAUUACGGGAUUAGGGGAUGAUGGACUUGAUGAUCCAAAUGUAUGCGAAUACGAUCUUCUGCAGUCGAAUAUAUGGCAAUUGAUCGGUAGCGAGGGAAAUGCAAAGGCUAUGCAGAAUGUCAAUCGGGAUGAUUCGGCCACGAUAACGAACUGGACAGCAAAGGAGUAUGCCCUGUCACAUGCUUUAUCUCAAGCCAAAGGGGAAGCCAUGAAUGGUAGGGUCUCAAAAGCGCUUGGCAUACUGAUCGAGCCUGAAUUAAUCAAAACGAUGGAUAUAAACAUGCUACAAAAUUGGCACUCGGAAAUGCUGCGUAUUGUCUAUCAAGCUGCAAAAAGAUCAGGUUCUGAAGCUACUGCGUCAAAGAUUGAACGCUUGCGACCCGAACUGAAAUAUGCUACGGGCUAUGCAGGACAUAGUCAAAGUAGCAGCGAAGUUAGGCAUGCUUCCGACCCGUUCAGACCCAACGAGGCAUCCUUUGGUCAACAAGUACGCACGAGCAAGGAAGAAGAUCUGUCCAACCUCCUGUUUGAAGCAGUUCAGAUGCGACUAAUUUCGAAUGAACCCUCAAAAGCGCUUUCCACAUCAAUGCAAGUCAUUCAUGAAGCCGGACGAUCAAAUUUGUUCACACUGCAUCGUAGAGGUGUAGUAGAGGCAUCUGAAUCCCUCUUAGCAUUAGGACAAGUUCAACAAGCGCAAGAUUUGUUGGAUGAAAUCAUGGCCAGGACAUUGGUAGAUCAAGAUAUUGAAGCUAGAGCUGAUGUUUCAUGGACGUACAGUCGUGCGAUUCUUGCCCGUAAAUCAGACGAGGCGUACAAGGAAUCCUUUUCAUGGCUUAAUCGGGCUAUAGAAGGAUAUCGAAGUGCCCAGAUGUGGCCGAAAUUAAAAGAAGUACUAUAUGUCAAAGCAAGGAUCGCUCAUCAUCUCAAUGAUUCCGAGCAAAGAGAUGAAGCAGCACAAGAAUACAAUUUUAUUACGGAGGAAUGUAGCAAAAUAGACGAAGAAGAGUCGGAGAUCCUAGAAAAGCUACAAGACGUAGCAGCAUUAGUAAGCGCACGUACAGCAUCUGGUGGCUAGCUGGGAGAGGGUAUUGUGUAGCAU